AAAAGUCGUGGUUUUUUUGUCAAAGGUAUGUCAGUUCAUUUUCGAUAACCGACGGUGACAAUCGCACUAAACCCCACCCAAGCCUUACAAUGAAUCCUCUGACGGUUGUUGCAGUCCUCUCCUCGAUGGCCCUCUCGGCUCAGGCUGGUCUGGUUGGCGCUCCUCUGGCCGCCGCCCCUCUGGGUGCUCCUCUGGGUGCUCGUCUGGCCUACUCCGCCCCUCUGGGAGCUGCUCCCUACUUCGCACCUGCGGCGUACUCCGCCCCUCUGGGCUACGCGGCUCCUUUGGGAUACAACGCCCCUCUGUUGGCGGGACCUGCUCCUCUGGUGUCCAAGACCUACGCUGCCGCUCCAUUCGCCGCUCCCUUCGCCGCUCCCAUCGCUGCUCCAGUUGCCCCAGUUGCUGCUCGCCUGGCUGCCCCAGUCGCCGCUCCUCUUGCUGCCCCACUUGCUCCAGUUGCUGCUCCUCUGGCUGCUCCAGUUGCCGCGCCCGUGGCUGCUCCAGUUGCUGCUCCCAUCGCCACCGAGAUCGUGGAUGCCCACCCGCAGUACAAGUUCGCCUACGAUGUCCAGGAUACGCUGACUGGUGACUCCAAGACUCAGGAGGAGACUCGUGAUGGUGAUGUCGUUCGCGGAUCCUACUCUCUGAUCGAGCCCGAUGGUUCCCGUCGCAUUGUCAGCUACUACGCCGACUCCAUCAACGGAUUCAACGCGGUGGUGCAGAAGGAUGUGCCCGUUGCUCUGGCCCCAGUGGCUCCAGUUCUGGCCAAGACCGUGGCUGCUCCUGUGGCUCCAGUGGUGGCUGCUGCCCCCGCUCCAGUCUUCGCCAAGACCCUGGCCGCUCCCAUCGUCGCCUAAGGAAAAGGAGGAGGAGUAGGAGUCGUAAAGGAAGGAUUGACCGCAAUUCGACAAAGGACUUUCAUCUGUACAUAUUCGAUUAAUCAUUGUCGAGCUAUUAAAUAACUUUCAUCGCAAAAACCCAAAAUUAAAGAAAUUCUGAAAACAAAU